GCCCAUGAAAGAAGGAAAACAAAAAGUUGUAGAAAUCCAUGGUGAUUCCAAGAAUAACAAACGGACCCGGGAAAAAAAAAAAAAUUCAGCGGACAAUAAUGACCAGCAUAAUGAGUUACUAAAAUAUAAACAGAGCUUUUACAUAAUCAGGAAAACUAUCAACCUUAUAAAAAAUCACUACAGCAACAAAAUCAACAAGACAGACACCCUGCGGGAGAGGGAGCGGAAGCACCUGUCCCACCUGAAGCGGGAAAACGUCCUUCUAGAAGAUAAGGUAAGUCUGAGCCAGAAGGAAGCAUCCCUAAUGAAGCCAAGCAGAUGCACCUUUUAUGCGGAACAUGUAGAGGAGCUAAAAAAGAUAUACACAGAGCAGAUAAAACUUAAGAACAACAAAAUAGAAAAUCUGCAGGAUGAGUUGGAUAAAAUGAGAAAGGCCACGGAGAGUGAAGUAGAGUCCAACAGCACACGAAUACUUAAACUGCGAGAGGACCAAAUAGAGAGACUGUCGCAGCAACUGGACUCCAUCAACGGCUUGUACCACAAGCAAGUCGACAGUAACAAAAAACUAAUGAAGGAGAUAGAAGAACUGAACAAAAGUAUUUUGUACCUUAAUAAUAAAAUACAGGAAGAAAAAAACAACCGCGACAAUGUGAGGAGGAGACUCAAAUAUUACAAACGAUACACCAAAAAUAAGAAUAGAUUCAAGCUGAACUUCGACAUGGUGAUUGGUGAUGAAGAAAGUGGACGAAGGGAUGAAGAGGGGGAUAUUUGCGUAUCUGUCCUAUGUCAUCUAAAAACUGAACUAGACAUGAUAGACGAAGAGAAUAAAAAGAAAGCAGACAAGAAAGGAAUCAAUCAUGGGGACAACAAUUGGAAUAAAAACAGAAACAAAUACAUCGAUAAGGACAGAAUAAAAAUUCAGGGCAAUAAUUUUUUUCAAAAAAUUUUCGAAUCAAAUUAUAAAAAAAAAAAAAAAAAAUUCCACCCUAUUUG